AUGGAGAAAUUACGAGAGAGAGAGAGAGAGAGCAUACCAAAUAGAGAUAGAAUCAGAGAUCAAUUAGAUGAAAUGGUAGACACAACGUUAAAUGAAUUUGGAUUAGGAAAUGAAUUUGUCGAAAAGGAAUUGAAAUCCGAGGGUAUUGCCGUGGAAUGUAAAAUCUGCGGUGCAUCGUGCGACUGGCUACUAAGCUGCUUUCCUGCUUCUUCUUCUUCGGUCGUCGGCUGGGCGCUGGCUCCUGGCUGCUUUUUCCCUGCGAGGCUGCGUGCAGUGUGCAGACAAUGUGGGAGUGAUGCUUUUGUCACAUAUGGUUUUAAUAGUUGGAAUAAAACGGAGAGACUUGGUCUUCAUGUUGGCGAUAUUAAUAGUUUUUACAAUAGAGCACCUAAGAAAGGUGAGGAUCUAAUGAGCCAAGAUCGAUAUAUUGUCGUUGCCUUUCAUAAGCAAACUGAGAAGGAGAAGAAUAAGAAUCGAAUACAAUUAAAUGCUUCAAUUAAGGCUUGUAGAUUCUUGUUGAAUAAUGCAUUGCCCUUUCGUGGUCACGACGAAUCUGAAAUGUCUAUUUCUAAAGGCAUGUUCUUAGAAACAUUAGCCUUAAUUGGUGAUUGCAACGAGGAUGUAGGUAAAGUUAUACUAAAAAAUGCUCCAAAGAAUAAUCAAAUUGUGUCUCCAAGAACAAAUGGCGGUGGUUUUACGUAUGUUGAUGCACAUGGUAUUGUUAAGGAGAGAUUUUUUGGUAUUGUUCAUGUGACGGGGACAUCUUCUUCAAUUCUUAAAUCUGCCAUUGAUACUUUAUUUGCUGAACAUGGAUUGAGUUUGAAACACGUAAGAGGGCAAGGUUAUGACGGAGCAAGCAAUAUGUGCAGUGAGUUCAAUAAGAUAAAGGCCUUGAUCUUGAACGAAAAUAGCUCGGCAUAUUAUAUCCAUUGUUUUGCUCACCAACUUCAAUUAGUUGUUGUGGCAGUUGCAAAUAAACAUGACGGAGUUGAAAACUUUUUUAAUAUGUUAGGAAUGGUGAUCAAUGUGGUGAAUGCUUCUUGCAAGCGUAAAGACAUGCUUGGACAAAGUUACAAAGAUAGAGUGCAAGAAGCAAUUGGUAAGUGUGAAAUUGAUACUAGAACAGGGAAAUACCAAGAGCUUUCUCUUAUACGAGCCGGAGAUACACGGUGGGGUUCUCAUUACAAAACCAUUUUGAGCUUGAUUACUUUGUUUCCGAAUGUUGUUGAAGUGCUCCGGUAUGUUGAAGAGGACGGGGAUAAUGGUUUUAGUCGCACUCAAGCAAUUGGUAUUUUAGCAUAUUUGAAGACAUUUGAUUUCGUGAUUUAUUUGCAUUUGAUGUUUCAUAUUUUAGAGGUCACAGACUUGUUGUCACGGGCUCUUCAAAAAAAGGAUCAAGAUAUUUUGGAAACGGUUGCAUUGAUAAGAGGAACCAAACAACUAUUGCAACAAUUUAGAGAAACUGGUUUUGAUCUACUUUUGAAGAAAAUGUAUUCUUUUUGUGAAGCAAAUGGUAUUGAAGCUUUGGAUAUGGAAGACCAUUAUUCAAAAAACGGAAGACAAAGAACCAACAUCACCAAUCGUCAUUAUUACAAGUUUGAUAUUUUCAACACUGUUGUGGACAUGCAAAUUCAAGAGUUUAGGGAUCGAUUUAGUGAGGUAAGUAUUGAAUUGCUUAAAAAUAUAGCAGCUUUGAGUCCAUGCAAUUCAUUUUCGCAGUUCAAUGUAUCAGAUUUAUUGAAGUUGAGUGAGUUGUAUUCUCAAGAUUUUAGUCAUAUGGAAAGGAUCGCUCUUGGGAAACAACUUAACAUGUACUAUUUGAUUGUGCGUCAAGAUGAAAGAUUUGCCAAUUUGAGUGGUAUUGUCGAGCUCGCUAGAUUGUUAGUGGAAACAAAAAAGCAUAAAACUUAUCCUCUAGUAUAUCGGUUAUUGAAGUUGGCUUUGGUUUUGCCAGUUGCUACCGCAACAAUCGAAAGAUGUUUUUCUGCUAUGAAGAUUGUGAAGUCAGAUUUACGUAACAAAUUCGGUGAUGAAUUUUUGAAUGCUGCAAUGAUAUGUACUAUAGAAAAAGAAGCACUUUUCGCAGUUUCAGAUGAUGAUGUAAUUACUCAAUGA